AUGCCAUCCCAGUCACUCAUUCAGUCUAUCUGCUAUCCUGAAUUAAAUAAACUGAACACCAAAGCUAUAAUUCAUGGGUGUCAACAUGAACAGGAAGCAAUUAGUGCUUAUGAAGAGAUAAUGAAGAAGGAACAUAUCAACUUCAAAGUUGAGAAAUGUGGCCUUAUGAUAAACGAAGAAUAUCCAUGGCUGCAUGCAACUCCCGAUUUCUUAUGUUCAUGCGACUGCUGUGGAGAAGGGUGUGGCGAGGUGAAAUGCCCCCUUUGCAUUGAGAAUUGUGAUUUUGAUAACUAUGUAAUGAAACCAUCUUCCUGUCUGGAAAAAAAAGGCACUGGAAAUUUCAGUUUAAAGACAAACCAUCAGUAUUAUUUUCAAGUAAAACAACAGUUUACACGCAAGAGGCUAUAUUGUGACUUUAUAGUGUGUGCAUUUGGACAUGUGGGAGAGGCAAAGCUAGUAACACAAAGGCAUUUCCCUGACAAAGAUCAUUGGGAAGCCGUUUUACCUAAACUGACCAGGUUUUGGAGGACUUGCAUAUUACCUGAAGUUUUAGGGAGAUGGUACACUAGGAAACAUGACUUUGGUGAUGUUAAGCCAAUGGAAGCCCAUUCUGUUUGCUUUUGCCGAACUGUGACAGCUGAAGGCACAGUAAGCUGCUGUAAUGCUAAUUGUCCUAUUUUGAAGUUCCAUUUGUCAUGCUUAGGUAUUUGCAGCAUACCUAAAACAUGGUACUGCCCCAACUGCAGAACACUGCCUGAAUUCAAAUGCACAAAGAAGUCCACUCAAGCUUGCAAGAAACAUGUAGCACCUUCAGAUGCCCUUAUCUUGGAUUCUAUUUGUGUUUGCAAAAAGAAGCCAAGUGAAACUGAUAAGCUCUUAGAAUGUCACAAUGAAGGUUGUAAGAAUGGCAGAUUCUUUCAUUUGGCUUGCAUAAAUCUUAAACGUAUGCCAAACACCAGUAAAACAACAUGGGUUUGUCCAGCUUGUAAACCUGUUAAACAGAAGAGUUCCAGUACUGAAGAUGGAGUGAAGUUUGUAAAAGAGGUGAAAAGUAAAACCCCCAUUGAAAAGUACAAGCAAUAUGCCAAACUGGGGAAGGCAGAAUAUGACCUUAUCAUGUCACCAACAGGAUGGUUAGAUGGUACAAUAAUACAUGAGGCUCAAACCAUCUUACGGCAAGUCAAUAGCAGCAUACGUGGCUUCCAACGACCAACACUCGGGCCUAUCAAGCAGUUUGAUAUAAUGACUGGGGACUUUAUUCAGAUUUUGAACAUCAAUAAAAAUCACUGGGUGUGUGUCAGUUCAAUUGCCUGCCCUCCUGGACAUGUAAAUUUAAUGGACAGUCUUGCUAAGCCAGUAAUUUCAAAGGAACUUAAGGAACUGGUAGAGGCUUUGCUUGGUCCAAACUUUCAGGGCAUUUUUAACAUCCCAGUACAGCAGCAAAUGAAUGUCAGUGACUGUGGAGUGUUUGCCAUAGCCUUUGCAACAUGUCUUGUUUAUGGACAAAAUCCAUGUAAUGUAAUUUUUGACAUUCCUAGGAUGCGCCAACACUUGCAUAGUUGUUUGAGAGCUGGCAUGAUGCAGUUGUUCCCUACCACUUGA